UCUUGUGUAUUGCAAGAUUGGACAAUGGCAAUCACUGUCGAUUGCUAAUAGACCAAUACUUUAUAUUCUAUAUAAGAUUAUAGCGUCAAUACAGUUAAGUAUUAGUUCUCUAUAAAUGAUGAUUGAUUGAUUGAUUUAACUAUAGUAAUUGUGCUUCUUAUAAUACAUCAGCUUUAUGGCUUUGGUGCACCAUCCGCCUGCACGAUCUCUCGGCACCUGAUGGCAACCUUGCGGGGGUUUUUUUCCCAUUAAUUCCUCCACACGCGUCAUUAAUCCGCCCUCCCAAAAAUCCGCAACAAUUUGUGAGAGGUUUCUGUGAUUUCAGACGCGUGAGCAAUAAAUACAACAGCACGUGUAAUGGGCGGUCACGGCCACACGGUGUUCACGUGGCUGAGGACCAACACAACACAGCAGCGCUGGCGAAUAUUGGCACAUUCUAUCCAGACGGCGACUUCAUCAACAACCUCGCAAUCAUGGACCUUGAAGUGGAAUCCGCAGACGUGAUUCGCUUGAUCAUGCAAUAUCUGAAGGAAAAUAAUUUGCACCGCACUCUGGCGACGCUUCAAGAGGAGACGACCGUCUCGCUCCACACGGUCGACAGCAUCGACAGCUUCAUCUCCGAUAUCAACAACGGCCACUGGGAUAUAGUGUUGCUCGCAAUCCAGUAUCUGAAACUUCCUGACAAGCUGCUCAUUGACUUGUACGAACAGAUUGUGCUGGAGUUGAUUGAGUUGGGGGAGCUGGGAGCAGCCCGGUGUUUACUGAAGCAGACUGAUCCCAUGAUCAUGCUUAGCCACACUCAACCUGAGCGCUACUCGCACAUGGAGAACCUUCUCACCCAGCCAUACUUUGACUCACAAGUGGCAUAUCCAGUGGGCAGCAGUAAAGAGAAGCGCAGACUGGCUAUUGCUCAAGCUUUUGCAGGAGAGGUCUGUUUGGUGCCACCUUCUCGUCUCAUGGCUCUUCUGGGCCAGGGCCGUAUAUGUGAAGGGGCUCUGUACAGGUUACAGGAGACCAAAGCACUAAGGCAGUUUGGCUCAUUAGCAAUGCUGUCUCUGAAGUGGCAGCAGCACCAAGGUCUCUUACCUCCAGGUAUGUCAUUGGAACUGUUCCGGGGCAAAGGUGCAUUGAAGGACAUGGAGGAGGAGCGCUUUCCUACUCAGCUCAGUCGCCUCAUAAAGUUUGGGCCAAAAUCCCAUGUAGAGUGUGCUCGAUUCUCUCCUGAUGGACAGUAUUUGAUUACUGGAUCUGUUGAUGGUUUCAUUGAAGUCUGGAACUUCACCACUGGUAAAAUUCGGAAGGAUCUGAAGUACCAAGCUCAAGACAAUUUCAUGAUGAUGGAUGAGGCUGUGCUGUGCUUGGCAGUAAGUCAUGACUCCGACAUGAUCGCCUCUGGAGCUCAGGAUGGAAAGAUACAGGUUUGGAGAAUUCUGAAUGGAACAUGCCUGAAUAGAUUAGAACGAGCCCACAGCAAAGCAGUCACCUGUGUCUGCUUCAACAAGGACAGCAGUCAACUAUUAAGUGCCUCCUUUGACCAGAUUAUCAGGCUUCAUGGUUUGAAAUCAGGAAAGACGCUGAAGGAGUUUAAAGGCCAUACGUCUCAUGUAAAUGAGGUCAUCUUCUCACAUGAUGGCCAUCAUGUCAUUAGCGCGUCGGCAGAUGGCACGGUAAAGGUCUGGAACAUGAAGACAAUGGAUUGCACCCACACAAUAAAAACCCCUGACAUUCCUGAGGGUACAGACAUCACUGUUAACAAUGUUGUGCUUGUCCCAAAGACUCCUGAGCACUUUGUGGUGUGUAAUAGGACCAACACAGUGGUUGUUACGAAUAUUCAUGGCCAGGUGAUGAGGAGUUUCUGUUCAGGCGUAAGAAGGGGAGGAGACUUUGUUUGCUGCACGUUGUCUCCACGUGGAGAGUGGAUUUAUUGCGUGGGAGAGGACUAUGUGCUGUACUGCUUCAGCACCAUCACUGGCAAACUAGAGAGAACCCUCACGGUACAUGAAAAAGACGUGAUUGGCAUAACUCACCACCCCCAUCAGAAUCUCAUCGCCACAUACAGCGAAGAUGGCCUACUCAAACUCUGGAAGCCGUGAGUCUCGUCCUUCAGAAUAUGAAUUCUGUAUACGCGUCCUGUGUUUCUAUGUUCUGGAUUUGUGGCAUCCCCGAAAACACACAUCUCUGCCUUUAUAUGCCUGCUAUGAAAUUGUUUUCCAUUCAAGGAAUUCAAUUCUUCAUUUUUCCACAUCAUGCUUCGAGAGGCUCACGCACCAACCAACUGGGUCCACAGCUUCAUAAGAUUCAGGACCUCUUCAACAUCUGAAACUAACUACAUCUCACUUCAUAAUGCUAAUGUUCCUCUCAAGUCUCUAGUGGUAAACAUGAAAAACUGCACGAAUGUACUGGUCUUUUACUAUUAUUAAGGGCUUUAUAGUAUUGUCUGUGAUAAUAUCUGCAUGCAAGAUUUAGCCCGAACAAAAUUAAUGUGGUAAAUGUACUGGUUUUCUUUGCAAAGACCAUUCUUGAAGUUUGACAUCUUUUAUGUGAAUGUAUGUAUUAUCUUUGAUCAUUUUGGCCAAAGACAAAUAAUCAGUAUGUACUUGCUCAUAAUGUGACAUUGCACUAGCCUUGGACACAUUGAGGACAUUUUCACAUAUUUGUACUUGUGUACAUUUAGAAUUCUGAUAUGUUUAGAAUUCACAUGGUACAAUAUUGUGUUGAUUAUAAUGGUUUAGUGUGUUUUAACACUCAACCAAGCACAUCUACUUGUACUGCAUGCAGGUGAACAUAUUAUGCAGUUACUGCAAUACUGUAUGGGAGUAAUCAGUGUGGUUUAUAUUCUGAUAAUUACAGAUUAUUUUUUAAUCAAGGAUAUUCACUUUUGUUUGAAUAUUGGUAUAACACUGCUUUACAGUGUAAGUCUCUGAGUAUCUUACAGUGUUGGUAAAUAAUGUGCUGAUAUUGCUGCAGUUUAAUUAAAAUUCAAGCAUGAAUAAUCCAUGACAAUCUUUUCAAAGAUUUGUCAUUAAGAUGCAUCAUUAACUGGUUAGAUGUGGAUUGCUUGAUAUUUGCAGUAGAUCUCCAAUAAAGAUGUAGAGACAUCUUAAUAUGCAA